CUGUUCCACUGACAUCAUUUUAGGCCACACAGGCUUGUACUGCACUGUCUGCAUGUUGUUACUGUUGUUCAGACAGCAGGCUUUUGCAAGCACUGGACCAAACCUCUACAGGGAGACGUUAGGCAUCAGUAGAAAUGACAAGAAAUGCCACAUGCAGAUCAUAUCUGUGAAUCCACCUUUCAGCAUUUUCUUUGGAGCAGAUAAAGAAUGUGGAGGGUUUUCUCUUCGACAGCAACAAGUGGGGGGUCUCCGAGGAUUUGCUCGCAGCAGCAGCAGCAUGGUGAACAGAUAACUGCAAAGCUGUUGAACAUGGGCUCCUGCUUCUGCAAAGGUCACCAAGAGCUGCAAAGUGGCCAGCAACACCCCAUGGAAGAGCUUCACUCAUACGCUGAAGGACAGCCCAUCUUCAAGGGUAACCAUCAGCCCUACAAUGGCAGCAUGUCAGAUAAAAGGAGCAGCAGCGGGUAUGACAUCGGAGAAUUGGCUACAUCUUCCCUGCUGGGACUACUUGCCACUUUUAAAGACCACAUCACUAAGCCCACAGCGAUGGCCCAGGGCCGAGUCGCCCACCUGAUUGAGUGGAAGAGCUGGGGAGGGGAGGCGGCGUCUAGAGGGGGCUGGUGUGGAGGAUGGGGAGGUGUGGGAGCUGCAUUGCAGGAGGACGAGCAGCUCUACUCCCACCUCACUGAUGAAAUCAAAGAAGCACGCUUUGCUGCGGGUGUGGCGGAGCAGUUUGCUCUGGCUGAGGCAGCGAUGAAUGCCUGGUCCACACAGGACAUUGAAAAUCAAACCACAGCCAGCACAAUCCCAUUACAAGACCCCGAGGGCCUCUAUCUCUCUCAGUUCCUGUUGGAUGGAGGGAGUCUGGGUGUUCCUCAGCACCUGUACAGAAUGCACAUGGAAGUUGAUGACACCAGUUCCCUGGCACCUUCUCAUCCUCCUCAGUCUCAUUCCCCCAGUCAUUCUCAUUCUCCGCUGGACACUCAGCAUCCUCCUCAGGAGCAGAAGAUCUCGCCAUCGGAAGGGCCCGUGCGACACGCAGACAGCAUCUCCCUCUCGGAGGAUGAGGUUUUUUAUAACUGAAAUUUUGAUGACACAUCAGAACAAAAAGAGAAAAGGUUUUUCGUCUAUUCAUUGUGUUCGUUGAUGAGGAGAGACGCAUAUGAGGUUCCGUCUGGGCUUAUCGCUUUACCGUUAAAGUAUACAAUAGCUACAGCUGAGCCUCUUCGACAAGCAAAGAACGCAGGGAUCGUUGUACAUGUGGACAUGGCAAUUCAUUCACAUAUCACAUUGCAUUUUGCAAAUGAAAGCCUGCGUUUGCGGUAAUGAUGUUGGAGAUCGGAUUGUAAGUUAAAGGGGUCACACUAAUUAUGUCUACAGGAAGGUAAAAGGAUCUGACACAUAAAUGCAUCUAAAAGUAUACAUUGAGUGUUUGUGGAUAUUUGCUGCAGCCUCUCAGCAUAAACAAGAAGUGGAGGCCUUUUAGUCCUAUAGACUGAAGAAGCAAGAAACAAAAUAAAACACGUUUUCAUCUCCACCAGACAUUUUUUUCUGGUGCAUUUCCCCUAAGAACGGCUCAAUUGGGCUUCAGGGUUAAUAGGAUCCUUUUGUGAGGACUCUGGAGGGUGAAAGUGACUUAUUGAGCUUUGAGCAAAGCCGCAAUCAUUACUUGGGACCAUGAAGUGGAGAUUUGAAAGAUUUUUCAUAAUGCUAAAUGUUUAUAUGGGGAUUUUGAGUAUAAAAUGUCUAACGCACCAAAUGACUGUAUACUUAAAGCUGAAGUGUGUAAUUUUGCUAUCCUCAUCAAAUAAAAAUUCCAAAAUAUUGACUAUUUUCAAGUACAUGUACGGACACUCCCACCAUCUGCUAUUGGAUGGAGAAAAAGAUAGCUCCGCCCCAAACUCAUGCCAUUGGUUGAGCCAGUGUUAAAAGGUUAAUUAUGAUUAGGUUAAUUGUGUAAUAUAAUUAAUAAUAACUAAUAUUAUUUGUAUUAAAUAAUAUGAAUUAUACUCAUAUAAAGAUGGAAAAUUAGAUUAAAUUAAUCUACAAAUUAAUAACAUGGAAUAUGAGACAUGAGGUAUAAAUUAUUUACUUGUAGCAAUUAUGUGGUUUGUUAAUGUGGGAAUGCUUUAGAGUCCUAUUCUCUCUAUUAACUAUUUGCUAAUUAGCAUAAAGUGUGACCAUUAAUUUUAGUGUAAUAUUAAAUUGACUUAUAGGAAAAUGGUUAAUUAUUAUUAAAAUUAUAUGGUAAUAUAAUAAUAUUAAGAUGUCAGAUGGAAUCAAAUUACAAAUUGCUUACUUGUAGCAAGUAUUUGUUCAUUAAUAUUAAUGUUUGACAUUAAUAUUAGAAAUAUUAAGCUAGAGAAGAAAGUAUUGUAACAAAAAAUUACACACUUCAACUUUUUUUUUUUUUUUUUUUUUUUUUUUAAAGUGGGUACGGUAACAAUGGCCACAGAUUUAUAAAUCACAUGAAGAAGUGAAGUGGAAAAAAGUGUUACCUCAGCUGCCUUUGAAUAACUUGCCUCCAUAUUGUGUUAAUAGUUGUCAGCUUGUUCUGUUUUGUGCAGUUCUUUGUACGUGUAAAUUAUGAUUGAAUCUUUAAAGACUAAUCUACAUUGCUGCUCUUGCUUUCAAGAAAAUUCUUGUGUUCUUGCGAGUGUUGGAGUGAAAACCGGAAUAACAAUUGUCUUGCCUUUUCUCUUUAAUUAGCCCUAUUCACACUCCACUAACAAAGAAAGGUGAUUGAAAGAGAGAUAGAGGGAGAGAGUGCGGGAUGAGGUAGAGGAGGGGAAUCAGUGAUGGAGGGGAUUAUUGUAAAUGCAGUGGCAGGAGAGGGCGAGACAGGAGGGUGUUGGGAGGUGGAAUGGUCAAGUGUUUUCAUGCUCCAGGGUCUUUUAAUAGAAGUUUACACCGUGUGAUCCUCAUGUGCGCUGUCAGAUAAUGUGUGUGACAGCUUUGUGCUCCACAAGUAGGGUUUAAUUGUGUAUAGAGGCUCUGUGGUGGUGAGCGGAAUUGGAAUUGUAUUUGUAUUUCAGCACAGUAUAUUAAGGAACAACACACUGGGAAUAUAAAUUAAUUCUUAUAAAACCUUUUCUUUGCAAAGCACAGGGAA